CCCCACCCCCCACCCGUUGUUUCCUUUAACCCGCGCCGCCACGCUCAGCGCGGCAAGGUUCGAGCGGUCCCCGCCAGUGAUCGCCUCCCCCCCUCCCCGGCCGUCUGCAGCGUGGCGAGCGAUCGUGGCGUGCGCGUGCCUGUCGCGUGCCUGCGCGCGCCUCGCCAUGUCGGGCGCGGCGGCUCCGAGCGCCGAUCGCUGCGCCGAUGACGCCGAAUCUCGACGGCUCAAGAUCCCGGAUGCAGCAGAUGGCGAGGCUGUGCCCGUGACGGUCCUCGUGAUCGGAGGAGGAAGCCGGGGGCGUGGAUACGGUUUCUUCGCCUUGGACUUUCCAAAGCGCAUGAAGGUGGUCGGCAUUGCGGACCCACGACUCUUCGCAAGAACGCAGUUCCAGAGGGAGCAUGGCUUGGAGAAGAGCAGCGUGUUCACUGACUGGAGGGAGGCGGCGGAGCUGGCGAGAUUUGCCGACGCCGUUUUCAUCUGCACGCCGGAUCGCCUGCACAAGGACCCGGCCGUCGCCUUCGCAGCAAAGGGCUACCACGUUCUGCUGGAGAAGCCCAUGGCGGUGAGCGAGGGUGACUGCGAGGCGAUCGUGGCGGCGUGCCGGCACGCGGACGUCAUGCUCUCCGUGUGCCACGUGCUGCGCUACUUCCCUCCCGUGCAGAAAAUCAAGGAGUUGUUGGAUAAAGGAGUCAUAGGCGACGUGGUGCACAUUCAGCACCUGGAGCCCGUCGGCCACUUCCACUUUGCUCACUCGUUCGUGCGCGGCAACUGGAGGAGGGAGGACGAGAGCUCCUUCUCGCUCCUCGCCAAGUCCUGCCACGACCUGGACCUCAUCCUCUACUGGCUCGAGGGGAAGAGGUGCCUCAAGGUGUCGUCGUUCGGCGCCCUCUGCCACUUCACCAAGGAGCACCAGCCGCCAGGGGCGUCGUCCCGCUGCGUCGACUGCGCCCUGAGCGACGGCUGCGCGUACUCGGCCACCAAGUACCUGGCCAUGGCCAUGGGGGGCCACGUGGGGUGGCCCGUGAGCGUCGUCUGCCCGGACAGCAAGGCCAGCGUGGAGGCCGUGCGGGACGCCCUGCGCUCGGGCCCCUACGGACGCUGCGUCUACGAGAGCGACAACGACGUCGCCUCCAACCAGGUGGUGACCAUGGAGUUCGAGGGUGGCACCACUGCCAGCUUCUCCAUGGUGGCGUUCACGGAGAAGUUGUGCGUGAGGAAGACCACCAUCUACGGCACCAAGGGGGAGCUGCACUGCGAGGGCGAGGGCCCCGUGCGGGUCCACGACUUCCUCUCGGCGUCGUCCGCUCACCACCACGCGGCGAGCGUCGUCGCGACCACGAGGCUGUGCGGCCACGGCGGAGCCGACUUCUUCCUCGUCGACGCCUUCAUCUCCGCCGUCGCCAAGAAGGAGCCGUCGCUCAUCCUGACGGGGCCCGGGGAGACGCUGAGGAGCCACCUGCUGGUGUUUGCGGCGGAGCGAGCGCGGCAUGAAAACCGCGUCGUCGUCCUAGGCAACGACUACAAUUUCACAUCCAGGUGGUCAAGCCAGCAGAUAACCGCGUCAGGAGCAGCGGCGGCGGGGAGUGUCACCGAUGUGACGAUGUCUCCUCCUUCGUAUUUGUGGAUCGGGCAAAUGAUCCCCUUCUAGUACCCAACUGGUGCAACUGAGACGCUAUCAGCGAUGGACGUACGCGGCUUGCGGGCCGUGUCGACGCGUUCGGCCUCGUGUGGUCGCGGCCCGUGUGGAGCGAGGCGGUUUGGUUGUACUCCCCAGCCAACCCUGUGGCACGAAGUGAGGUCAAUAUACGGGGGCGAUUCUCGUUUCUCUCGGCGAAUCCUCGUAGAGCCAGCGGAGGACGUUUCCCGCAUUCCCAUGGUAAAGACCUGUCUGUUCAUGGUGUCGAUCGCUUUUGACUUUCCAAAGGAGAUGUACUCCCGUAUAGUGGCAGUGAAGAUUAAAUAAUGUUCACUGCCAUUAUCUUGCUUCUGAAAGUGCUUUACUGUGCAUAGACAGGGUGGUCCAGAUGCCUUGUGACCCCAAAUUAAUUGACCCAUAACAUUUUUUUGCCUUCGCAUAUUAAUUUCUAUAUUUCUGUUUUAAAUAAACCUUACUUUUAAAAACAUUAAGUUUUAUAGAAUUGGAUUGGGGGGGGGGGGAGGGUGUCACAAUACAUCUGGACCACGCUGUAGCUAAUCACUUGGUGUUCGACCAGGGAGAUGUUUUUGUUGUGGUGUUCAGAAUCGAUGGCUUCAGAUCAAGUCCAAGUAUCUAUCUCCACGCUCAACCGAGUAUGACAUCUCCAUUCGUGGCGGAAAUGCCCACGUUCCCAUGGCAGGGGGCGAGUCGUGUCCACUGAACAUCCACCUUUCAUCUCUCCCACAAGUGGUGCAGAGUGGACCCGCGACUGACCUUUGAAUUGAUGACCUUUGAAUUGAUGACCUUCCAGUCGUGGGGCCGGCAGCACCGGUCAAUAACGUGGGAGCGCGCCCCUUGAAUGUGCUUCUAGUACCAAAUGAUGUCGAGUCUUAAAAAACAAACAACGGGGGGAUGCUUUGGGUUCAAUCGGAAAUAAAACUUGCAAUAAAUAUGGGGGGGGGGGGGGGUGGAGAUUUUCUUGACGGUUAAUUUUGAUGUAGCCUUGAUUCUACUGCCGUUCAAAACGUGGUCGUCAGGAACAUGCGACGCGUUCACUAUUUUCACAGGGGAAUCUGGGUGGUGGUGGUGGCGGUGUUAAUAUUGAGAUUGUCAUUCACGUUUGUACGGUUUGUCUUGGGGGUGGGGAUAAAGGUGGUUGUGGAAAUUG